AUGGCGGACUCUAAGGCUACCAUGAGUGCCAGCACCGGCGCCAUUCCGACCAAGAAGAGCCUCUGGUGGACUCCGGAGGACCCCAUGGACGAGUUCGACCAACCUGAAACGCAAAAGCAACCCAGCGCUGCGCGCAUUGCCAACUUGUCGAAACGCCCCGACCUUGUCGCCAUGGGCGUGAUCAACCCGGCCACCGCCCGAGACAUUCAUGGCAAGUGGCGCGCCCGCUACGAUGCGCCGCCUUGGCUAACCUUUGACGAUUCGAUCAUCAACACCGAUGUAAACGGAUUCGUCCUGAACGAGAGAGAGAUGGCUAUUUGUGGCCUCGGGCACUGCCAAUUCACCUACCAUUGUGACAAGCCGAUCCGCGAUACGAAUCCGGCCCCCACGUACAGAUGCCAAUGGGAACCACGGGCUAGCCCGUACAAAACGGUAGAUCUUGUAGCGGCCAAACUGAUCGAUCCGAACACAAGCCUCGAUAACCUCGGCCGCCUGCGAAUCAAGGCACCAGCUGCAGACCCUCGACUCAUCGACACGGAUAUCAACGGGUACUACUUCACCUUCGACGAGAAGACGACAUUGAACAUCUCCGUCAGUCAGGACGUUACAAAAUUCAGCUACGAUGUUUGUGCGCUUUAG